CCCCCCUCCCCCCCCCAUUUACUCGAGGAUCGUAUCUUUGUGGAAAUUUAAAGAAUCACCCCUCAUCUUCUACUUACCAUACAUCAGGUUUACAUAUAUUUGUUAUAUCUUCGAGUGCAUAUUCCAUAUAAUAAUAAGCUUCUCGCCAACAUCAUCAAAACAUCCAUCAUUCAUUCAUUCACUCAUUCCUCAAACCAUACAACGUUAUAUAAAUCAAUCAUCUGGCUUAUAUCACGAGAUGUCUCCAUAAGCUAUUGGCGCAUAAGGCCGUAGGACCAACCAUAUCAAAUCCUAAUCAUUAAAUUUAUUCACUACCUACCUACCUAGUACGUCCCUACAUACAGAUACGCUCGUGUCAGGAGGGGCAAGAGGAAGAGUGAGCGCGCAAAGUAUCAGCAGCAAAGCCUCGAUCCAAAGUAAUCCUCCAACUUCCAACCCCCUCUCAACCAACAAAUAACAACAACCUACAACUUCGAGUCUUCGUUUUCUUCUUUUUACAAAAAUCACCUACAACCAACAAAUCUACUUACAAACAUAUACUGUGUGGUCUCCGGACACAUAUACGCUUUACCCUUACUUUGUGGGCAAUAACUACAGGGUAAACAAUUCAAAAUGCCUGAAAGAGUUGUUCGCAGCUCUUAUCAUGACCGAGAGGUCGACUAUUAUUCCUCCGAUGAAGAACGGUCAACCUACGGUCGUUCGAAACCAAACGGUAGUACUUAUCGUACCGUCCAACGUUAUCGGGUCGCACCUAGUCGAGGCGAGGAAAUAGACGACACUCGAUCCGUUCGUUCUUCCCAUCGAGAGUACGAAACUCGACAGGGUGAUCGAGUUGAAGUGGAUCGUCGAGUCGAAAUUGAUCGCGAACGUGAACGAUACGAGCCAGAAGUACGACGAACGGAACGCAUCGAAGUUGACCGAAGAGUUGAGGUUGAUCGCGAAAGAUACGAACCCGAGCCAAGACGGACCGAACGUAUUGAGGUCGAUCGAAGAGUUGAAGUUGAUCGCGAACGAUACGAGCCUGAAAGACCCCGUUCAGCUGUCGACUAUGAUCGAGCGGUCGAAUAUCAGAGAAGUACAGUUGAGCGAGCUAGAGAACCCGAACGUGAACGAGAUCGCACUAGAACAGUAGUUUAUGAGCGGGAGCGGGAACGAAGCGGGAGUCCCCUACCUUGGGAACGGCGUCGGAAUGAUAGACCAUGGGAGACGGAUCGCGAAACCGAUGUCACAGUCGAAAAGACAAUCGCUCGACGUCAUAAUGAACCCUAUGAACUCGAAAGAUAUUCCCGAGAGACCGAAUACUAUGAUCGACCAGAACCUACCCCACCACCAAUUAUCAUUCGACAAAGAGCUCCAGAACCCCAGCAAAUUAUUGUUCAAGAAGCGCCAAGCCCCGCUCCAAUUAUCAUACCUCAAAUUGCGCCAGAAUCACAGCGGGUUGAAGUUAUCGAAAGGAAGACGGAGAUACAACAAGAAAUCGUUCCACGACCUGAACCACGCAGAGAAGAGGAUGAAUACUAUUACCGCCGAGAUGUUCGUGAGGUUGGUGGUAGAAGGGACCGAGACGAUGAUUAUGAUCGUCGUUACGAUGAUGGAUAUGAUAGUGAAGGUUAUGUCCUACGAAAAAAGGUUGUCAAGAGAGAAACACGCAGUCGUAGUCAUAGCCCUCAUCACCGAAGACAUUUGGCAGAAGGUGCCUUAGCUGGAGCUGGCGCAGCUGCUCUUUUGGCAAGCCACAAAGAAAAGCAAGGAUCUGAAAUUGCCCAUCGUGGUAGAAACGUCAUUGGUGGAGCUGCUUUAGGUGCGAUUGGUGCCGAAGUGGUUACUAGAGCACGCAGUCGUUAUCGCGACAGUCGUGAGGGCAGGAGCAGGUCACGAUCAAGCAGCCCACAUGGUCAUCAUAAGUUAAAGACUGCCCUUGGUUUGGCAGCUGCUGCAAUUGCCGCUGGAGCUGCUGUCAAAUAUGCCCAGAACAGAACUGCAAACAAGGAAGAGUUGGUUCGUGGCCGAAGUCGACAGAGAAGUAUGUCUCGUGGUCGCCGCUAUUCUGAUGGCGAUGAAUAUUGGUCCGAUGAGUACGAAAAGCGGACUACCAUCAUACGGGAUGCAAGUAGGAGCAGAAGCAAGAGCAUACAUGCCGACCCAGCGCAUCGUAAGAAAUCCAUGGCAAAAGCUGGAGCUGGAGCUGCUAUAGUCGCUGGUGUCGCGGAGCAUUUCCGGAAUAAAUCCCGAAAGCGUAGUGGUCAACGAUCGCAAUCACGAAUUCGAACUGCUGCGGAGAUAGCUGGAUCAGGUCUUGCGGGUGCUGCAGUGGCCGGUUUGUAUGAGAAUAGAAAGGCCAAGCAGGAAGCCGAGGAGGAUGAUGUAUACGAGAGACGGGAGAGAAGAAGAAGCAGGACUAGGAGCAGAACUAGAAGCAGGUCGAGAGCCAGAUCUACAGGCGUAUAUUCUGAUCCAGGUGUUGACCCAGAAUUAGGCAUGGUUCAGUACGGUACUGAACCUGUAUACACGCACCAGCAGCCAGCACCAUUCGAUCGACCUAACGAGUACGAUCCAGCUGUCGCGGCGGCCGCAGCUGGAGCUGCUUACGGUGCUACCAGACGUAGUCGAAGUCGAUCACGCCGACACAAACGAGAUUCAUCUAGCGAAGAUGGAGAACGACCACGAUCGCGAUCACGAAGUAGAAGCCGUAGCAGAGUCCGAGAUCUUGCUGCUGGUGCGUUGGGUACAGGUGCGGCCGCCAUUGGAAUCAAUGAAUAUAGAAAGAGAAAAGAGAAAAAGGAGAAGAAAGAGAAAAAGGACGCAGAAAAACAUGAGCGUGAGCGCGAACGAAGACGCUAUGAAGACGAAGCACCUGAAAGUUACUACACGAAUUUCCGUGAUGAGACAUAUUCGCCUUCGCCGCCUCACGCUUCAGGAGGCUCAUACUAUCCUGAUAAUAAUGCAUUCCCACCACCUCCUCCUUCUAACCCAGAAACUCUCACCCAUCAUGGAAAUAAAUCUACACCUUUUGUUCAUGAAAUCCCUCCUAUUCCUCCUUACAAUCCUCAAGACUAUGCAAGUCAACGCCCUACUACUCAUGAUCCUCAUCAUUACCCACCUUCAUCCAGAAUUCCUGGUGACAAUGUGAGUACUCAUCAAUCUUCGAAUCCCGCACCUUUUAUGACAGUACCUCCUCAUACAAGAGAGGAGUCUUAUUUCCCUUUUCAUGAAACCUCUCCACCUCAAACUGAUCAUGUUUACGACCGGGAGGAUCGUCUAAAUGUUCCAAAACCAUCAACACCCGAUUCACCCUUGACACCAAUCGAAGCUACCCCCUCAAACAAAUCUGUCAUGUUCGCUCCUCUAUCUCCCACUUCUUCCCGUCGCUUAGAACGUAUACGCAAUUCGAAAGCGGAUCAAUCAACUUCCACGGUAAAUACAUAUGAACAACCCAAUCCAUCUUCGGAUCGUCGUUAUAGAAGAAGACGAAGACGUAACUCGGAUCCUUCAUCUGAUCGACCUUCCAGACCUCGUAAACACCGUAAACAUAAGAAAGGAAGACAUGGUGAUGAGAGUGAUAGUGAAAAAAGCGAGGAUGAUGACGUGGAGGUAUUGCCAGCAAGGUUUGAUAGAGAUGGGAGACCGUUGAGUCGGAGUAGAGAUGGGAGUGGGAGUCGCGAAAGAGAAAGAGAUAUUGCGAAGGAGUUUGGCGGUGGGAAUGAAAUGGUUGAGAGGGUGGUUAGGGGUGUGGGAGAUGUCGUUGCGGGGAAACAGACGUGGGGGGAUCUUUUGAUGGGGUUUGUUAAGGAGGGUGGGUUGGCGGGAGGUUCGAGUCGUGGCUCGGUUGCGGAUGCAGAGGAUGAGGAGAGGGAGAGGGAGAGGAGUAGGGGGAGAAAUGGUAGGAGAGCUAGUAGGAGCAGAGGGAGGGAUAGGGGUAGGGAUAGAGACAUCUAG